UUUGAGGUUCAUGGUAUGGAAGGACGGUAUGCAGUGGCAUUAUAUUCAGCAGCUUCAAAAGAUAGAGUGCUUGAUAUCGUUGAUAAAGAUCUGAAAUUAGUGGAAAGUGUCUAUCGUACUAGCACUAAAUUUAAGAACUUUGUGCUGAAUCCGACGUUAAAGCCGUUAUCGAAAAUAAAUGUUGUAAAAGAUGUUGCUCAGACAUUGAAUGUUAGUAAACAAAUGCUCAAUUUUUUAGGUUAG